AUGUACGGUGAGCUAGGAAACAAACUGGUCCAACACGCCAAACGUACCCAAUCGCUCAUCCACCUACCGCCGUACCAGACCGAGCUCGUGCGGGCCGUCGCGCGCGAAGUGCGCGACCUCGACCGCGAUGUCGCGCGGCUCCUCGAACCCUUCGGCGGCAGCUUCAACCCCUCCGCGGACCCGGCGACCGCGUGCGCCCUCCUGGUCGACCACAUCUGCACGCGCCGCAACAAGCGCUGUCUCCUUGCGUACCACCGCGUGCGCACGGAGAAACUCGAGGAGUUGUGCUGGAAUGGCGUUGAUGUGCUGGAGCAGCAGCUGCCUGCCGAGGAGGGCGGCAUGCAUGGGCCGAUGAGCUCGCAGAGCGGGAACCAUAGCUCGCUGAGUCCGGAGGAGGAGGAGUAUUUUCGGCAGUAUAGUGAUAUGCUUGCGGCGUAUAAGGGACAGUGGACGGAUAUUGAUCUGACGGGGAGUCUGGAGCCGCCGAAAGACUUGUUCAUUGAUGUUCGGGUGUUGAAGGAUGCGGGGGAGAUUCAGACGGAGUAUGGGGUUAUCAAUUUGACCACGAACAGCCAGCUCUACGUUCGCCAGGGCGACGUGGAGCGACUCAUCGCGCAGGGUUUCUUGGAGCGAUUGAGUUGA